AUGUUGUCCUACUGAAUAUGCACUUAAGGUGGCAUCCAUACUGGCAGGGAGCUGAGUUUCAGAAGUGUGUGUAGUUGUGGGGAUUUGUAAUCUUUGCUGAAAUUUUCCUCUCUUUGCAGAUCAAUUAGCUGUGGCAAUACAGCCAGCAAGAAUGGCUAAUAUCUACCCACCCCAAGGGACAAUACAGUACAUUUAUGGAAAUUCCAGCCUUCAACCUCAGCUGAAUCCUUGGCAGGGGCCACUGAAUAAAAUCCUCAAAGCAAACCUCAAGAUUCUGGGCACAAUACAGAUCCUGAUUGCAUUAACACACUUUGGCUUUGGCACUAUUUCAUCUAUGGUUUAUAGUCCGCCAUAUAUACCUGUUAGUACUUUUGGAGCCUAUCCUUACUGGGGUGGAUUAUUUUUUAUUAUUUCUGGAUCCCUCUCUGUGUCAGCUGAGAACCACCUAACUUCUUCCUUGGUGAAAUGCAGUGUGGGAAUGAACAUCACAAGUGCCGUGAUGGCAUCCUUUGGCAUCAUUCUAUAUAGUGUAGAGCUAGCUUUAAAUUCAGUUACUUCUUAUCCCCUCGACCCUAUAAAAUCCAGCUGA